CCACCCACUUUUCUACUGCACCUGUGUGGAGAAAGCAUUUCUGAGCCUGACACUCAGGUGAGCUCACCAUACGCGGAUCACAAACUCACAGCAAAUGGCUCAACACAAUGAAAACCACAAUGGGAGAUGUGAAAAUGAAAACAAAGGGGUCAAAGCCAGUUCCACUGUCUCUUUGGUUGAGGAGGGGCCACGGGACACAGACCCGUGGGACCUGCCAGAGCUGAAGGACACUGGGGUCCCAUGGUCAGCUUUGGAUACCAAAGCAAAGGUGCUGAAAAUCCUGGUGUCAGUGGGGAAGUUCGUCCUGUUGCUGGGUUUCCUAUACUUGUUCAUCUGCUCCCUCGACAUCCUCAGCUCAGCUUUCCAGCUUGUUGGAGGUAAAACAGCAGGGGAUAUCUUCAAGGACAACGUAGUUUUGUCCAACCCACUGGCAGGUUUGGUCAUCGGUGUUCUGGUCACGCUGCUGGUGCAGAGCUCGUCCACGUCCUCCUCCAUAGUGGUCAGCAUGGUCUCCUCUGGAUUGCUAACGGUCCAGUUGGCUGUUCCUAUCAUCAUGGGUACAAACAUCGGGACGUCCGUCACCAACACACUUGUGGCAAUGACGCAGGUUGGAGACCGCAGCACAUUUAGAAGGGCGUUUGCAGGAGCCACAGUGCACGACUUCUUCAACUGGCUGUCUGUUAUGGUGCUGCUGCCUCUGGAAGUGGCCAGUGGUUAUUUGUACGAAGUCACUAAGCUCAUCAUUGACUCCUUUAAAAUCCAGAGUGGAGAGGCCCCAGACCUGUUAAACGUGAUCACGGAUCCCCUCACAGAGUCCAUUAUUAUGUUGGACAGUAAGGUCCUUAGUGGUAUUGCCACUGGAGACCCCGAAGCCCGGAAUAUGAGUCUGAUAAAGAGAUGGUGCAAAACGUUUACCAAUACGACCCUAAGGAACGUCACAGUUCCUGGUCCAGAGAACUGCACCUCGCCAGUGCUCUGCUGGGUCGAUGGCAACUACACGUUUACACUGAAGAACAUUUCUGAAACAUACAAUGUGCAGAAAUGUAAACACCUCUUUGUGAAUGUAAAUCUUUCUGACCUGGCAGUGGGUCUGAUCCUGCUGGCCCUCUCUCUACUGGUGCUCUGCUCCUGUCUGAUCCUCAUUGUCAAGCUGCUCAACUCCAUGCUUAAGGGGCAGGUGGCUGUAGUCAUCAAGACAAUCAUCAACACAGAUUUCCCAUUUCCAUUCGGUUGGGUCACUGGUUACAUUGCCAUCAUAGUUGGAGCUGGAAUGACCUUCAUUGUGCAGAGCAGCUCUGUCUUCACGUCUGCUAUUACUCCACUUGUUGGUAUUGGUGUCAUCAGCAUUGAGAGAGCAUACCCACUGUCUCUGGGCUCAAAUAUCGGCACAACCACCACAGCCAUCCUGGCAGCCAUGGCCAGUCCUGGAGAAACACUGGCUAACUCUCUACAGAUUGCCCUUGUGCACUUCCUGUUCAACAUCUCUGGCAUCGUCCUGUGGUAUCCGAUUCCCUUCAUGCGCAUUCCCAUCCGGUUGGCUAAAGGUCUGGGCAACAUCACCGCCUCCUACCGCUGGUUUGCUGCAGUCUACAUCCUCUGUUGCUUUUUCGUUUUUCCACUCUUUGUCUUCAGCCUGUCGCUGGCUGGCUGGCAGGUACUGGUGGGUGUGGGUGUACCUAUAAUCGUCAUAGUGAUCUUCAUCAUAGUGAUCAACAUUAUACAGAAACAGAAACCCGGGUGUUUGCCUGCAAUACUGCGUUCCUGGGAUUUCCUCCCACUCUGGGCUCAUUCCCUCGCUCCCUGGGACAAAGUGGUGGGUGUGUGUACCGCCAAAUGCUGCUGCUGCUGCAAAUGCUGCCAACUUGCUGCUGAUGACCUGGAACACAGUGGGAAAGAAAACGCACACAGAGAAAUGUACGAUAACCCUGCAAUGAGUGCAGAGAAAGAGGUCGAAAAUGAGAUUCGGGCAGAUCUAAAUAUUCAGAAGAUGACCCGGCUUUGAGAGUUUGUACACUCAUGUCACAUGAGCCAUUCUGGAACAGUUUCCACUAUAUUUAUCUUAAAACUUCUUCAUAUAGAUUGUUUAGUGUAAGAUAGGAAAUGGUUGUAGAAGAAUUUCUAAUUUAUAAGGCAAACACUGUAUGUUUAAGGUCCAGUGUGUAACAUUUAGGAGGAUCUAUUGGCAGAAAUUUAAUAAACUACCCAUCAGUAUGUGUGCAUACAAAUGUAUAAUUGCUUAAAAAAUAUUCAUAGCCUUAAUAUAAGUGGUUACAUCCCUGUAAAGUCCAUCUGAUGAGGGGAGUAACAAUGCAUAACUAACCUCAGUUAUUUAUUUUAAAACGAGAAAGUGAAUAAAAAGUUUAUU